AUGCGAAACAUUCGACAAGCUGUGAUCAGUGUACUUCGCAAUAUCUUUCAAGGACAGUAAAACUCCAUUCGAACCACUUCGCCGAUGAGACUAUUACCCUCUGUCCCCCAGAAAAGAAAAGGAAAUUUCAUAUUACUAACAUGAAUUUUACUGAACUAACAGAUGAAUAAAGAAUAAUGAUUUAGAGGUAACACAUUCACGUAGCGGUUCUUCGUCAACCAUUCCUAGUCGAGUUGGAAUUUAGAAAUGAGUACUCCGAGAAAAACCUCUCGGGGCAAAGGAAAGAACAACGUCAAACUCAAACCACAUUUGGCGUCGACGGCCGGAUUUGAACCUGGGCCACACUGGUGGAAGGCAAGCGCUCUCACCUCUGCUUCACCCUUGCUACCUAGUCGUAUUAGUCGCUGAAUGAUCGAUCUAGUGCGGUUCACAAACACCCGUCAGAACAUUUUCGGGGCCCUUGUUCGAUCCUGGUCUUAGCAAUCAUGGCGUCCGCGCACCAACAAAAACUGGUAUAGUUAGAAGAUUUUCAGUCCUUUGGUUGACAUCAACCAGCGCAGAUCAAAUCAUAAAGCGACCUGAAGAAAGCUAAAAGCAACAAAAGUAGACGGCAUUGGCGCGUAUAUCUUCAGUGAACUGUGACAUUAAGGCUUUCGAGCAACUUCUGAGCCACUUUCAUUACACAAAGCAACUUUUGAUUGUUUUUUGAGCAACGUUUUGAGAAAUUACGGGAAACGUUUUGGAAAAUCUCGAGCAACUUGUGGAAAGCCCUAUGUAUAUCUGCCCAGCCUGAAGUAAGCCCUUAGUUUUCUAAGCGUGGUUAUUCAUCGAAUUGCUACGUAGUAAUGGGGGGCUGAUAUUUAAUGCUUUAGGAAAAUCGUUACUUUUUCACAAUUCCUAAGCUAAAAGCGAUCCAUGUAUUCUUCUCUGUCUACACAUUGGUUUCCAUGUUAACUAGUUAAAAGGAAAAGUUUGUUCUUGUUUAUUUACUACGCAUUAAUUUGUGAGCAAUGAUAAACUUUCUUUAAUAUUAAUCAGAGGAAACUGGUAUUAGUAUGACUUAGGCUUUGUUUAGCAGCCUCUGAUAAAUUAAUUAUUACGAACUAUCGAGUUUUAGUUACUUAAUAAUAUACACGAAAAAAUUACCCAAUUCUGAUUGGCUGAGAAAGGAGUGCAGCUCUUCUGUAACACGAGUGCAAAAUGUGUAACACGAGUGCAAACUUGUAACACGAGUGCAAAUUACAAAUGCUUUCUGAUUGGCUGAAAACACAAAAGAAACCAACAAGAACCAAUCAGAUAAGAGCUGUUUUAACAACACAGAUUCAAGAAAAUGGCCAUGGUUUUCAGCAGACGACGACGGGAUUUAAUUUUGUAAGCAAAACAACAACAGAAAAGUUAAAAAAAAUAUUCCAAAAAAACCCGAACACGGUAAAAAGUACGUCUUUCUCGCUAAAUGUAUUGAAAAUGCGUUGCUACGAGAAAAAUACUGUCCACAAAAUCGAGGAAAAUGAGCCAGAGAAACUAAAAAACAAGCUACUCAUAACAGACUACGCUAAAGUAAAAAAAAUAAAGAGCAAAAACGGUUGCAACCACACGCAAACCAUGACAACUACACUCUUCAGGCAUUUAAAUGAACAAGGAUUAUUCAAUGAUAACAACAGGGAUUUCAAGUCAUGUACGUUAUUUGUUGCUCUCUUUGAGUCUUUUGUGGAGCGAAGACCUCUAUUAAAACAUCCAUGUGAUGGUCUGUUUUUUUUUCUACCUCAGUAGCAAACGAAACCGAAAAUUUAAACUUCUGGUCCAAAUUAAACCAAUGGGCGAAAAUACCACAACUCACAUAAUGAAAAGUAUCCGUAGCUGGUACUAGCCUUAAAGAAAGUGACAAAAAAGUUUACGAAUCAUUGUGCAAGAAAAACAACAGUCAGCUUAAGGAAGCAAAGAUUGUAAGUUCAGAACAUAUCGUCAGUGUCACAGGCCACCGAGGUAUAAAUUUCCUUAACGACUACGAUGAAGCCGACGAAGAAGAGCUACGAUGAAUCUUGCAGUAGCCCAAAUAAAAUAAUGAAAACUCCAGCGCUGAGAAAAAGCAAAUAUUAUAUUAAUACUGACAGUUUCCGACAUCACAACAACUGUGGCUCCACUCACCCAUCGAUGGUAGCAUCGAAAGAAAACAAAUUGCCUCCUUCAUUUUCGGGUUUUAAAUCUCAAAAAUUUGUCCACGAAUCCAGCUAUGAUGGGGUCUCAGGAACAGACAAUGAUAAACAGUCGUUAAAAAUCCUUAGCAAGUGUCUUUCAUCUUUGGCUGCUCGAAGCGUUCUCCUGAUUUAAAAACGGCAGUACACUUCUUGAAAACGCUUCUUGUAAACGCCGAGCUCUCAUAAUCGAGGAUGAAUUUAAAAACACUUACUUUUGCUGAUUGUUGUAAACCAAGUUAUCUUUAACAGGCUGGUGAUCAUAUAAAAAAAUCCUUGCACAUUUCCAAGUUCUUAGCUGAAUGAUUUUGAAAGCGUUGGUCUUGAAAAAGUUGGAAUUUGACAAAGGUAGUAGUCUGUUUCAGCCAAUCAGUUGAAUGAACUAAAAACGCGCGCGCAGUCAAAAUUUGUUGUCGUAGUUAUGUUUUUCGUGUAUAUUAUUAAUAAGUAAUCACAUGAUUUUUCUCAUGCAAUUUGGAUUAAAUAAGCACUUGUAAAUUUUUCAAAGACCACAAAGUGCACUCGUCCUACGGGCUCGUGCACUUUUGUUAGUCUUUGAAAAAUUUACUCGUGCUUAUUUAUUCCAAAUUGCACUCGAAAUCAUGUGAUUACCUAUACAAAUAAAGAAAAGCAUAGUAUAUUGCUUUUAACAGGCUUCCAAAAAAAUGGAAUGAUUAGUUUCCAAGUUGAUUCUAGUUAAAGGCUUUUAUUGCUUUUUUGCAACAUGAUCACUUAUCGAUUUGCCACGUCAUGAUGGGUGGUCUCAUAAAGUUGGGACUACAAGGGAUAUUUUAAUUAUUUUAUUUUAUACGACCUAUCGCGUUUCGUUUAAAAGAGAAAAAUAUACAAUUACUGUGUGAUGAUGACGCCACAUUUAAAUUUUAAAUUCCGUGUUCAGACAAGUACAGUAUUAAUUUCAAUUAAGAUCAGUUUGUAUAUUAUAAGUAAGAGUUAGGAACUUUUUUUACUAUUGUCGCGGAAGACUCAACAGUACUCAGUUAAAAACCAAUUGCCAUCGGAGGAGGAAGAGAAUCUCUGGAGAAUAUUCGGUAAGUCUCGCAAAGAAUUAUUUCCAUCAUCAGUCUCUUCUUGCAGAGUUACUCAAAAGUUCUACACAGCUGCUAAAACUUAAGACUGUAUAAAACGUUUCACUUAAUGACGGAAGCUAAAGGUCAGUCUCAUUCGAAAACGGAUGAUUCCUCCAAAGCAAUGAAGUUCCUUUGCAUUGUUAUACUUGAAACUGAACACUGAUCAGGGUCCUUUGCAAAAGAUGGCAAGUGCUAAUGGCGUGCAUUUGACACUUGUUGUUAAUUGCGUCUUCAACGCUUUCUUUUGUUUAACCACCAUCGUGUUAAACAUCAUAACAAUACAAGCGCUCAGAAAAACGUCUUCGUUGCCUAAGACUUUAAUAACAUUGCUUCUAAGCCUGGCUGUGUCUGAUCUGGGUGUAGGCUUACUAGUCCAACCACUGUACGUUGCAAUUCUUGUGAUGAACAUGGAAGAGAACUCUAACAUUACUGCUUAUUAUUCAGUGUACAAAGCGUAUUUAAUCCAGAAAAAAGUAUUGGUUUUGGCUUCGCAUCUUGGCGUUUUUGCAUUAACUUUUGAGUUUAACUGCGUAUUUACGAUUCACUUCAAACCAGCUGCCGUUUCUAUAGAGAAUAAUACAUGGUCGCGCGGAGAUAUCGAAUUUAUCUUCGAGUGUUCACAUGCGUUUGCUGGUACCGUCGGAGUCGCGCCAUUCCGUUCACCAAAAAUAUUUGUUAAUGACUGUGUGUCACUGGGAAUGGUGUAUUUAAAACUAUUAAAAGGACAAAAAACAUUGUAGUUAAUUUUUUUUUGUGACUUCUGUUUUAACAAACACAGCUCUUAAAGGUCACUCAAAUCAAGUCAACUUUAUUCAGGCAGAGCAGCCCUAUCAGCCAUUGGCCGGUAUCAAAAAGGGGCCCCCCGUACAGUCGUCGUGGAGGAUUAUAUCGGGUUUUUAUUGUCGGCGGGUCUAAACUUUUUGCCAUAGAUUUUUGCAAAAAAUACUACAUAAUAAAUAAAUGAAUAAAUAAAUAAAUAACAAAAAACCUCGCCCAAAAUAAAAAAUAAAAUAAAAGAAUCUAUGUUUCCACGAUUCCUAAAAACACCUGUUUGGGCUCAAUAAAUUUUGAUUGGACUUGAUAUCAAUAUAUUUGCAUAAUGAUGCCUUUAAUAAGUGUCUUUGUCCCAAUUAGUUUGCAACAGUUCUUGUCAGUCACUUUUUAGCCAGAAUACUAAUAUAAAUAGGUUCUUUCUAUUCUUUAUAUCAUUAUCACUUUUUUCUGGCAUUUAUCAUGUCCUCAAAGAUACCAAUUGCGUCAGCAUGCCUUACCUGUAAGCUUAUUAAUUGUUAAGCUCGAUCUAUCAUUCUUAUCAAAAGAAAAUUUAUUCAAAUUUGAAUGUGUUAUUAUGUGGCUACAUUAACUUGUUUGAAUUUUUUUGUUAAGGGAAUUCUUGGUGUUCAGACGUCUUGAUAUUUAACACUGUCUAGUUAGUGGAAAAUUUCAAGAUUACCAAAGUACUGAAGAGGACAAGUUAGGUCGUUCAGCCAUGCGAUAAUUUAAGGAAGAAUGUGAACCACAUUCUGAACUAUUGGAGACCGAUCAGGUAACUUACCAAAGGCAGGAGCGCCUGCCUGUCAAAAGACGUCAACAGUCCUUUAAAGGAACAGUCUAUACAAUGGCAGAAGAAGCUAAAGACGCGUUUUGAACAUCCCACAGAAUGACAGAAAUUAGAGCCUUUUAUUGAACCCUCGUCGCCAACUGCUUCUUCAACGCCUUCUUGCUUUUCACAGCCAUAGUUUUGAACAUCAUAACAAUACAAGCCCUAAGAAAAAUAUCAUCGUUUCCAAAGCUUUUAAAAACAUUGCUCCUGAGUCUCGCUGUUUCUGAUCUUGGUGUUGGUUUGCUUGUCCAUCCUCUCUAUACUGCACGUCUUAUAAUAAACAUAGAAGAGAACACUAACAAUAGAAUUUAUAUUAUGGUAUCCAAAGCAUACUUUAUUUCUGGUCAUUUACUGUGUGCUGCUUCAUUCUUUGGCAUUAUUGCUUUAACUGUCGACAGAUUCUUAGCUAUUCAUCUUCAUCUCAGAUACCAGGAACUUGUGACUCACAGGCGUGUCGAUACGGUAGUAAUUUCAGUCUGGGUGUGGUCUUCAUGUUUUUCCUUAUUUGUGUUGAACAGGGUUUUAGAAAACGUUCUGGCCAUUAUAAAUGCAACUAUUGGGGCAGUUUGUCUCACUACAACGGGAUUAAUUUACUGCAAGAUAUAUUCGAUCGUACGUCACCACACAAAUCAGAUUCACGCCCUGCAAUUGCAACCCGUAGGACAGAAUCAGAAUGGAGAAUUGACAAAUGCUGCAGGACUGAAAAAAACUGCACUUGCUACAUUUUACGUGUAUGUGGUAUUUGUGGUUUGUUUUUUGCCCUUCAUGUGCGUUAACGCAGCUUAUCAAAUUUAUGGUGAGUCCAAGUUGUGGUUGCAUCUUUUUUAUUAUUCGAGGACACUUGUGUUUCUUAAUUCAUCUCUCAAUCCUUUGGUCUACUGCUAGAAGAUGCGAAACAUUCGACAAGCUGUGAUCAGUGUACUUCGCAAUAUCUUUCAAGGUCAGUAAAGCUCCAUUCGAACCGCUUCGCCGAUGAGACUAUUAGUUACCCUUUGUGCCCCACAAAAAAAAUGGAAAUUUCAUAUAACUAACAUGAAUUUUUAUUAACUAACAGAUGAAUAGUGAAUAAUGAUUUAGAGGUAGCACAUUCUCGUAGUGGUUCUUCGUUUACCAUUCCUAGUCGAGUUGGAAUUUAGAAAUGAGUACUCCGAGAAAAACCUCUCGGGGCAAAGGAAAGAACAACGUCAAACUCAAACCACAUUUGGCGUCGACUGAGGGAUUUGAACCUGGACCACGAUGUUGGAAGGCGAGUGCUCUCACUACUGCUUCACCCUUGCUCCCCAAUCGUAUUAGCCUCUGCAUGAUCGAUCUAGUGCGGUUCACAAACACCCGUCAGAACAUUUCCGGGGCCCAUUCGAUCGUGGUCUUAGCAAUCAUGACGUCCACGCACCAACAAAAACUGGUAUAGUUAGAAGAUUUUCAGUCCUCUGGUUGACAUCAACCAUCACAGAUCAAAUCAUAAAGCGACCUGAACAAAGCUAAAAGCAACAGAAGUAGACGGCAUUGGCGCGUAUAUCUUCAGUUAAGAAACUGCGUGAAGUGUGCCAUUAAGGCUUUCGAGCAACUUCUGAGCAACUUUCAUUACAAAAAGCAACUUGAGAUUGUUUUUUGAGCAACGUUUUGAGAAAUUACGGGAAACGUUUUGGAAAAUCUCGAGCAACUUGUGGAAAGCCCUAUGUAUAUCUGCGCAGCCUGAAGUAAGCCCUUACUUUUCUAAGCGUGAUUAUUCAUCGAAUUGCUAUGUAGUAUCGGCGCGCUGAUAUUUAACGCCUUAGUUAACUUUAGUUUCAUAGACUUGGGAGAUAAGAGGGUGAACACAAAAAAGCACUGGUAACUUGGUACUAAAUAAAUUACCCUGUUAGCAGAGUCGCUUUGAUCUUUCCUAGAUCGAAGGAUACUCUGUUCGCAGGGUAUCAAUAAAUAGGCAUCAUACAUAUCCGCAAAAUGGCGGGGAAAUUGCCAAGGGUCUUCAGGCUGAAAAGUAUGGAGGGAGGGGUAAGAGCGAGUUCAAACUGAUAAAGGAUCAUAAUAACCUACUAUGCGUAACAGGAACACAGCGUUAACAACAAAUAAAUAAACAAAAAAUUAAGGAAAAUCGUUACUUUUUCACGAUUCUUAAGCUAAAAGAGAUCCAUGUAUUCUUCUCUGCCUACGUAUUGGUUUUCUAUGUUAACUAGUUAAAAGGAAAAGUUUGUUCUUGCUUAUUUUACUACGCAUUAAUUUGUGAGCAAUGAUAAACGUUCUUUAGUAUUAAACUGAAGAAACUGGUAUUAGUAUGACUUAGGCUUUGUUUAGCUGUAUCGAGUUUUACAUGUAGUUACUAAAUUAAUAAAAGCAUAGUAUGUUGCUUUUAACAGGCUUUUAAUAAAAUGGAAUCAUUAGUUUCCAAGUUGAUUGUAGUUAAAGGUUUUUAUUGCUUUUUUGCAACAUGAUCACUUGUCGAAUUGCCACGUCGUGAUGGCUGGUCUCAUGAAGUUGGGACUACAAGGGAUAUUUUAAACAUUCUGAUCAUUUGCAACUUAUUAAGGUUUGACGCAUAUGACAGCAUGAUUUGUUAAGCAACAAGAACGCUCUUAAAAGCAGCAACUGUCGCUUGCUUGGAGAUUAGAUAAGAAAUGAGGAGGCCAUUAAUUCUACACGAAGUAGGAUUUCUUCGCUAAAAGUUUUUCCUUCCCACUUUAUCGACGGUCGAGUAUUCUUCAGAAUAUUUACUUCUUACAUCGUAUUCGACGAUGAUUGGGUACGGUUGUACAAGUACAAAUCAUUGCCAGAAAGUAAAAACGUGAUGAAUAUGGCGCCUCAUUUCAAUCAUCGCCGAAAAUAAACCGCAUGCUCAUCAAAAGACUCCAUUUUCAUACAAUGAAGGUUUUCGACACCCGACCAGUUUAUAGCCGCGCCAUCAAAGUUUUCACUGAAGUAUUCACUUGUUCCAAAGUUAUCAACGCUUUCAAGCGAUCCGAUAGAAUUUGUGGACCGCCCUGUUCCGGAAAAGCUCGACAACUCUGGGUCAAUCUUUCCUAAGCUUUCUUCACAAAAUAGAACAUGGUGCUGUGACACGUAGCAAUUCUUAUCCAAGUUUCCACGAUCUCCGCUAGUAACGCCUGGGACCAUGAUUCCCUUUUUGGUGCGCACACUAGCGAGACUAACUACCGUGCCGGUCUAUGUUUUAAAAGCUUAGCUAGUAAAUUUUUUUUAUGGGGAACAAGUUCUUUCUUUCAACUCAAAAGACUCGUCGUAAGUCGUAGUUACUCAAAACAUUUGCGUAUGUUUCGCUUGAGUCCAGCUAACAUGUAGGAUUGGUCUCAGUCCUAAUAGUCCACAUUUCCUCUAAACCAUUGCUAAACUCUUUUCUGUUUGACUUUGUGUUUACGAUUCACCGCAAACCAGCUGCCAUUUCUACUUUGAUGAGUUCCUCAAAAGUUCUACACAGCUGCUAAAACUUAAGACUGUAUAAAACGUUUCAUUUAAUGGCGGAAGCUGAAGGCCAGUCUCAUUCGAAAACGGAUGAAUCCUCCAAAGCAAUGAAGUUCCUCUCUCAGAUUUUACUUAAACUUAACGAACAUCGAUCGUAGCACUUAUUGGAGGAAAAACAGGAGGAAAAAGCCCCUGUAAACGAUUUUGGAAGAAAAGUUCCCAGUGUCGAGAAAUACAGCUGCAAGUAAAGUAGCUAAUGGCGUCGUCAUUUUGUUGCUAUGUUAACUCCGAUGUCAUUGUAAUCUUGAUCAUAACAAAUUUUCAACUUUCAACACUUACAAAGCCCCGCCAUUCGCUUUUCGUUUAAAAUGAAAAUAAAUCCAGAUUUUGGUGUAAUGAUGUUGUCAUAUUCAAAUUCUUUUUAUUUCAAAUAGGUGGAUAUUUCGGAUGUUCUGAGUAUGGGAUACUGGGAACUUCCCGCGAUUGUAAACUUUAUUGACUUGCAAAAUUUCAGUCUCAUCCAUAAAAGAAAACCCUCGCAGAGCUCUUCAAAAGUUAUACAGCUACACGUAGGCAGGCAACAUGCGUUGGCUGGUACCGUCGGAGUCGCGCCAUUCCGUUCACCAAAAAUAUUUGUUAAUGACUGUGUGUCAGGAAUGGUGUAUUUAACUAUUAAAAGAACAAAAAACAUUGUAGUUAAUUUUUUUUGUGACUUCUGAGCAACGGAGGAGACGAUGUUUUAACGAACACAGCUCUUAAGUCAGUCAAAUCAAGUCAACUUUAUUCAGGCAGGGUAGUCCUAUCAGCUAUUGACCGGUAUCAAAAAGGGGCCCCCCGUACAGUCGUCGUGGAGGACUAUAUCGGGUUUUUAUUGUCGGCGGGUCUAAGCUUUUUGCCAUAGAUUUUUGCAGAAAAUACUACAUAAUAAAUGAAUAAAUAAAUAAAUAAAUAAAUAAAUAAAUAACAAAAAACCUCACCCAAAAUAAAAAAAAUAAAAUAAAAGAAUCUAUGUUUCCGCGAACACCUGUUUGGGCUCAAUAUAUUUUGAUUGGACUUGAUGUCAAUAUAUUUGCAUAAUGAUUCCUUUAAUAAGUUUCUUUGUCCCAAUUAGUUUGGAACAGUUCUUGUCAGCCACUUUUUAGCCAGAAUACUAAAUAGGUUCUUUCUAUUCAUUGUAUUAUUAUGACCUUUUUUCUUGCAUUUAUCAUAUCCUCAAAAACACCAAUUGCGUGAGAAUGCGUUACCUUAAGCUUAUUAAUUGUUAAGCUCGAUCUAUCAUUCUUAUCAAAAGAAAAUUUUAUUCAAAUUUGAAUGUGUUAUUAUGUGGCUACAUUAACUUGUUUGAAAUUUUUUGUUCAGGGAAUUCUUGGUGUUCAGACGUCUUGAUAUUCAACAUUGUCUAGUUAGUGGACAAUUUCAAGAUUACCAAAGUACAGAAGAGGACAAGCUAGGUCGCUUAGCCAUGCGAUAAUUUAAGGAAGAAUGUGAACCACAUUCUGAACUAUUGGAGACCGAUCAGGUAACUUACCAAAGGCAGGAGCGUCUGCCUGUCAAAAGACGUCAACAGUCCUUUAAAGGAACAGUCUAUACAAUAGCAGAAGAAGCUAAAGACGCGUUUUCAACAUCCUACAGAAUGGCAGAAACUGGAGACUUUUAUUCAACGCUCGUCGCCAACUGCUUCUUCAACGUUUUCUUGCUUUUCACAGCCUUGGUUUUAAACAUCAUAACAAUACAAGCCCUAAGAAAAAUAUCAUCGUUUCCAAAGCCUUUAAAAACAUUACUCCUAAGUCUCGCUGUUUCUGAUCUUGGGGUUGGUUUGCUUGUCCAUCCUCUCUAUAUUACACGUCUUAUAAUAAACAUAGAACAGAGCGCUAACCAAAGACUCCAUUAUACGGUAUACACAGCGCAGGGUCUUUUUGGCUUUUUACUGUGUGCUGCUUCAUUCUUGAGCAUCAUUGCUUUAACUGUCGACAGAUUCUUAGCUAUUCAUCUUCACCUCAGAUACCAGGAACUUGUGACUCACAAGCGUGUUGUUACGGUAGUAAUUUUAGUCUGGGUGUGCUGUUCAUGUUUUUCCUUAUUUGUGUUGAACAGGGUUUUAGAAAACGUUCUGGCCAUUAUAAAUGCAACUAUUGGGGCAGUUUGUCUCACUACGACGGGAUUAAUUUACUGCAAGAUAUACUCCAUUGUACGUCACCACACAAAUCAGAUUCACGCCCUGCAAUUGCAACCCGUAGGACAGAAUCAGAAUGGAGAAUUGGCAAAUGCUGCAAGACUGAAAAAAACUGCACUUGCUACAUUUUACGUGUAUGUGGUGUUUGUGGUUUGUUUUUUGCCCUUCAUAUGCGUUGACGCAGCUUAUCAAAUUUAUGGUAAGUCCGAGUUGCGGUUGCAUCUGCUUUAUUAUUCGAGGACACUUGUGUAUCUUAAUUCAUCUCUCAAUCCUUUGGUCUACUGCUGGAAGAUGCGAAACAUUCGAAAAGCUGUGAUCAGUGUACUUCGCAAUAUCUUUCAAGGUCAGUAA